CUUGUUCUUCUUAUUGUUGUUAUAGUGGUACCGGCGGCGUCGGUCAACAACUAUUUCCGGCCGUUUCCGGGUUGACUAUCCACAAAGGACACGAGCGCGCUCCUACCAACCUACCGUUGUCCUUUGAACUGGAAAAACCGAUCGGGUGCUCCGCAACCCACCGAGCAUAAUCCUUUUUGUAAUUCAAUUAGGCUAUCUCACAGUUUGUCGCCUUGUGAUGGUAAUUUUUUUAUCGUCUUCUACACAAUUAGAACGUGUAAUGGGAUAGACGCGAAGUGAAUAAAAUUUGUUUGGUUUUCAUUUCGGGCCACUUUGAAAGUUAAUAAGUGCGAAAUUGAAGGUCAGUUGUGACUUUUUUUAAUAUAGAGCACCGUUUAUGUCGGUGCAAUGCGCUGAUGAGAAUGAUCCUUUAUCCUUGGGCAAUCCUUCCAGCUGUCUAUUUUCUGUUAAUAGGAGUACGAUCGAAGAUUGCACAUUCGCCAGACAAUUAUUAUAUUUCGAAACAAUCGACGCUUUCAUCGGCGUUUCGAGACACUACCGUAUGCCGAACUAUACCUGGAUUAACAAAAGCUCAGGUAGAACUGUGUUAUAGGCAACCAGACACUACGGAGAUGGCUUUGCAAGGACUAGAACAAUCUGUAAAGGAAUGUCAACAGCAGUUUGCUACCCAUCGAUGGAAUUGUUCAAUUUCCACCAAAUCGAGGAAUCCUCAUACCAGUGUCAUGUUCCAGAAGGGAUAUAGAGAAUCGGCCUUUGUAUACGCCCUGUCAUCGGCAGCAGUAGUCAUGAAUGUAGCAAGAGCUUGUAGUCAAGGGUUUAUCAUCAGUUGCGGAUGCGAUCCAAAUAAGCAAAAUAUGAAAAAGGGCUCAGAGGACUUUACGUUCAAGUGGGGUGGCUGUUCACAUAAUUUACAAUAUGGAAUUCGAUUUUCAAAGCAAUUUCUGGAUUCACGGGAAAAAGCCUCAGACAUACAAUCCAAAAUAAAUCUACACAACAACCAAGUUGGAAGACUAGUAAUCAAAAAUAAUAUGCAAAUAAAAUGUAAGUGCCAUGGGGUGUCCGGGAGUUGCGAACUGAAAACAUGUUGGCGACAAGUUCCUGACAUCAAACAAAUCGGAAAAAUACUGAAAGAUCGAUACGAGAAAGCGAUCUUAGUAAAUCAUUCCAAUUUGGGAAACGGCAAACAAAAAAACCAAAACAGAAUAACGACUACAAAGAAAAAAAGAAAAAAACCACAAGCGCGUCUGAAACUAUGGGUAACCCCCGACAAUAAAAUGAAAAAGAAGGAUUUGGUCCAAAGUCUGCUCUUUUACCAAAGAUCCCCGACAUUUUGCGAAAAAGAUUUAAAUGCAGAUGCCUUGGGUACGAUUGGAAGGCAAUGUAACAGAACCAGUACCGGUCCAGAUAAUUGUUCAUCCCUUUGUUGCGGAAGAGGAUACAAUCUCCAAAGAAUUGUACGCACCGAAAAAUGCAAAUGCAGAUUUAUUUGGUGUUGCCAAGUUGAGUGCCAAGAUUGUUCUAUCGAAGAGUGGGUCGCUAUUUGUAAUUGAUGAUGAAAAUUGAUUUAUGUACCUGUACUAUCUUCGAAAUGGCUGUUGAUGUAGGAGACAAGACAAGAAACAGUACUAAUUGGUAGGUAACCUUGAAAAUUGUCGACAAUAUUCAAUUUUAUUUACUCUUUACAAGUAAUUUAUAAUAUUCAAUAUUUGAUUUGAUGUUCCACUUUUUUGAGUUUAACAAUCUCAAGUGAUAAUAGUCGCCCAAAGACUUCACCCUUUAAUAGGUGUUGUUUGAAAUAUUAGAUACGUAAAACAAUACAAAAUAAAAGUACUUAAACGUG